UCCCCACAGCUGUGAGCAAUCCCACCCCCCAGCUCCCCCCCAGCGUGCAGCCUCGUGCGUAAAAGAGAAAAAGAGGCGAGUUUAGUGAAACCGGUCGGCGGGGCGGCACUGGAGGAUGAACUUCAGCUUGAUAACGGAUUAACGCAGGAAAAACAAAUAAACCGAAUCAUGUCAGGAUGUCGGAACAUGCCCACCCGCGGCGAGUGAGUCACACUUUAAAGUAGUGGAAGAAGCACGCGCUGGUGCGGACGGAGAGAUUCUACGCGGGGGUAGCUGUUUAACUUUCUGGUACUUAUAGGGUCUCUUCCAGCUGUGUGGGGGGUUUUAUGGGGAGGAUUGAGCUCGUGCCGUCAAACGGAUAGACAGAUGCAGCGCGAGCCUCCUGUGCCAGAUAUGGAUGGCGCGCGGGAUAGCUCCGGACUCUGGUGCGCAUCUUCUUCAUAAAGUGACCGACAGAGCUGAAAACAACUGCUUUUUGACCAGAGCUUAAAGUUCAAACUGAACACAGGAGGAGGACACGAGCUUCUGAACCAGCAAACUGACCUAAAAACAGUCAGAGAAAAGGAGCUGCCUUUUUUAUUUUCUUUUUUUUUUUAAAGGUAAAGAUCAAAGCGGAGAAGAUGCGUUCAGAGGCGGUCAGGAGAUUUCAAACGCUUCUCGUGCUUUGGUCCGUCCUCAUCAGUCUGGGAGCCGGGUUUCCAACAAAAAGCAGGAACUUUGCUCACAAAAUUUAUGGCCAGCCAGUUCCCAGUGGUGGAGUCCCGCAUGAUGCUGAGGAGCAGCAGAACCAGGUCCAGAGCCUUCUGCCUGAGCCUCACAGCCAGCAGAGGAGGUGGUCUCACCCUAAACAACGCUCCGUUGGUGUCCUUCCACAGCCCGAGCCAGAGGAGGAGACCAAACCCUUCAUCUUUGACCUCAACAACUUUCCAGACCUGGCCAACGCUGACAUGAACUCACAGAAUCCCAACAUACAGGUAACCAUAGAGGUGGUGGAUGACCCAAAGAUGGAGGUAGAGAUGGACCUGGCCAAUGAAAAAGACUGGCUACCUCCAUCCUCCCCUUCUUCCACAGUAGACUGGCUCGGAGGGAAGAAGCUUUUCUGGCCCCUCUUUUGGAGUUACACCGACACUGACUCCAGCGAGGGCAGCAACAGUCGGUCGGGCAUGGAGGAAACAAGCGAAGAGGAGGCAGAGGAAGAUUACUCUUUGGAUUAUGGCAGUGAAGAGCCCUUGCCUAGCGGUGUGGGCGGAGACUGGGAUCCCCACUGGAACGAAGGUUGGGAUCCCAUGCAGAGCUAUUAUGAUAAAGACACAGAUGAAUGGACUCCUUGGUCUCCGUGCUCUGUGACGUGUGGACACGGCGAAAGGAAGAGAACCAAGUCCUGUGGUUAUUCCUGCACCCUCACCGAAUCUUCUAAGUGUGAUCUGGAACCGUGCCCUGGUGAUGUCAACACUGUAGCAGAGCCUUUUCCCUUUGAAAUGGAGAAUGGCACGGAGCCAUUUGGAACAGAUGUGGACAGCUGUGAGAAGUGGCUCAACUGCAAGAGCGAGUUCCUCCAGCGUUAUCUGCAUCAGGUUUUGUCCGAACUGCCCAGCUGCCCCUGCUCCUACCCGUCAGAAGCGGCGUACACGGUGGUCAGCCUCUACGACGAGACUCACAGCCGCCCGUUUCGCUGGCGAGACGCCAGCGGUCCCAAGGAGCGGCUGGACAUCUACAAGCCGUCGGCGCGCAGCUGCAUUCGCUCGGCGCUUUCUAGCGACUCGUCCACACUGGCGGCGCAGCAUUGUUGCUACGAUGAUUUCGGCCAGCUGAUCACGCGGGGGAAAGGUGCGGGCACGCCUAACCUGAUCAGCACCGAGUUCUCGCAGGAGCUGCACUUCAAGGUGGAUGUGCUGCCUUGGAUCCUGUGCAAGGGGGACUGGAGUCGCUUCCACAUGGUGCGGCCGCCCAGUAAUGGACUGGGCUGCCCAGAAAACCCCCAUGAAGAUGUGUUUAUGAAUGAACUCGAAGAGGCCAGGGAGUACUGAGGCGCCACAGCCAAAACCUCUUCACCUUCAGUCAGAGAGGCUCCGGGGGUCUUCUGAUUUGAACAGAGACAAUAAACUUUCUUAGCUCUUACUCUAAACCUCCACAUCAGCUAUCAAGCAUGCAUAAAAAAAAAACCUCAGAGGAAAUUUAUAUUUGAGAUGGUGUGUUUAAUGGCGAUGGUACAGUCUGAUUAUUUCAGUUUUAGGAAUGGGCACAUWGUCCUGAUGUCAGGCUCGACUAACUGAUGUACACGAACGGAUGAAAAAAAAUGUAAUGCUGUCUCAUCGCUUGCCAAUUCCUCACACAUCUGGUAUUACGUCAGGCUCUUAGGCUUGUUACACAUUCUUGGGUGCAUGUAUGCAUGAUGUCCAAUACUAGCUUACUUUAUGAUGUCCCGAAGUGUUUGUAGUCRAUAAUAACAACAUGUGGUUUACAUCCCAAUGAGGUCUCCUAUCAGUUGUAAAGUAGGAAGUAUUUUGUGAGUUUGGGUUGAACAGAAUCCAGGGGAUCAACAUCCAAACAAAGCUGCUACAUUAUAAGUACGGUAAUUUCUCUUUGCUGGACAUUCAGCCAGCCCUCUCCAUCAUUAAACUGAGGCAGGGGGACUUGUAAUGUUCUGUUGUGCCUUACCAGACAUGCUUUAAAAAAAUAGUUAAAAAAUACUAAUUAGGGGGUAAUGAUACGUAGAAACAGUGUUAGAUUUCAAAAGUUUCGCCACACAAUUUGAUUUCAUGUGUUUCUGCGCAUUUUCUUUCAAAGCCAGGAAAACGUAUGAUCUGGGUGCCAAAGAGAUAAACAUCCGAGUGUUGGUGCCAGUUUUAAUCCAGCCUCCACGUCUCUACAGAGCAGAUGUAGGCAAAGACUCAGUUUCACAGUGAUUUUUUUUUUUUAAUCGUAGAUGGCGUUCUCAGGGGGAGUAACAGACUGUGACAAACAAAUUUGUUCAUUUACCUUGUCAGCAGAGCACAUCUGAGUCUGUACAAAGUGAGGAAAGAUGAGUGGAAGUGUAUAAACUAAACUACUAACAUCCUAACUGGGCAUUUGUCAAAGUCGGUGAGAAAAUCUAAACAACACGACACAAAACAAAACAGGGGGAAAAACAAAGGCAAAAACAUUUCCAACCCAUAUACUGCUGGGAUAUCUGAGAAACUCAGAAGGGUUUUCUUCAAACACGACAUCCAGAUCUAUUUCAAACCUAAUGAGACUCUCAGACAGAAGCUGGUCCAUUUUAAGAAACAAACUGAGAGGAGUGGUAUCAGCAGUUCAGGAACAUUCAGACCUCUACAUUGGAGAAACUCAACAGCCUCUCCACAGACUAGGCUCAGCAUAGGAGAUCACCUCUUCAGGACAAAACUCAGAUGUGCACAUACACCUUGAAGAUAAGAGACACUCGUUUUGAAGACCAAGAUGCUCAUAUAUUAGACGCAUGUGACAGGUGGUUUUAGAGGGAAGCCAUUUUCGUCAAAUGAGAAAAAAACUUUAAAGGUCUCAUAUUUCUGAGCUCUAAAACUUUCCAUUUUCACUCUAAUACACACCUUCAGACAUGUGACCAAAAUAUCUCUUUUGUGAGCCACGUAAACAAGAUAAAAGUCCAGUUGUUUUGGUUUUCACCCUUCUUUUGGAGUUGUAAGAUAAAUUGGAAGUGAUGAACGCUGUUGGAACCCUCCUACCUGAGCAGUUGUUGAUACAGUGUGUGAGAUAGAAACAUGUUGCUUUCAAGCUGUUUAUGCACAGAAAUUGAUUGGAUAGAAAAGACAUAUUUCUCCUUGAAUAUAAAGUCUAUUUAUUAACAUUUAUUUGGUACCUUAGCUGGGCACGUAUUGGCACUGGCAGCAGAAACGUGCUUGUUCUACAGAAUAUUUCAAGCUUUAGCCAUUAGGUAAAGUGAAUAACAGAAAUGUUAAUACAUCUAAAAAUUUUCACCUAAAACUCUUUACUUAAAAAGUUUUUUUUGGCUAUUUUAAAAUGGGGUUCUAUAGAAAAGUUAAUAUGUACAGUAACUCUUUGAACUUACUCAGUUCCCUCCCUGCCAGCACAGCCACAGAGACGCCUGUGUCUCCACGCUGUCUCAUAUGUGCACAAACAUAGUGCUAUCUCCAAUGAGUUUAUUAACUUUAUACAAUUUAUUUGACUAUAUUUUUAAAUUUUGUUGGAACAUUACAUACAUGUCAACCCCUUCGAACUUUUAGCUGCAUCUUGACUCUCAAAAAUUCAUAGUUUUUACAAAAAAAUGGGGGUGGGCGGGGCAAAGGUGGCGGACUUAUUUCUAGCAGCAAAGUUGUAAGCUGGGACAUGGUUGUUUAAUUUUAUUUAUUGUUUAUUUUUACGCCCUACAAGCUCUGAGACAUAAUAAAUUUGAAGCUGAGUUUUUGAAAAAUUCCAUGAGAUUGCCCUAUUCUUCUGUAUACCUGCAAAAUGGGCGGGAAUUUUGUGUAAUUAACGGACAAUCCAUACAGCUUGACAUGUUUGACAUUUGUAAAGAUGACUGUGUUUUCUCCUCAGAAGAGAAGUUGAAGUAAUAUCAGAGCAGAGUAAUUCACCCACUUUUCUGCCUAAACAUGCCCACCAUGUUCUGAUUAAUCACGCAGGAUAAUUUAAUUAUUUAUAAAUCAACCUUUGUGCUGAUUACUGCAGUUCUACAACUUUACACAAUUCUAUCAUAUUAGCUUGAACAGUUCCUGCAAAACCUAUAUUUUUAACAUUUUAACCACAUUACAUUUUACAUUAUUUGGUAUAUAUUUUAAUCCCCGAAUGGAUUAGAUCCCUGGCUGCAAUAGUGCUAUAGCUAGAUGCAGCUGCCACAAUUUCACUUGCAAAUAACUAGAGAAUUCUGUUUAAAUUACUGUGUAAAUUGAAAGUGAAGGUAAUUGAAAGAUUUAUAAAAUAUGGCAUUGCUGCUAUGAAAUGUAUGAGAUUGGAGCUAUUAAAAAAAACUAGAUAUCCACUUUGGUUUUGGUUGUUUGGACAUUAGCUUAGCUGUUAGCUUAGUUGUUAGCUGAUCAGUCAGAUCAGAACCAGACUUUAUUCUUCAAACUUAGGCCGUUUAAAGAGCCUCAUACAUCAGGUGGUUUAGAAAAAUAUCACUUUAAAUGUUGACUCCAGAACAUGUCUUUUGUAUCCAGUCCUUUUCUUUGAAUAUCUGCAUCUCAGUUUUGCCUCACGAAGCACACAUGCAGCUGGGCUUUGAAAUAUCCAGUUUUUCAAAAUAAGGCACUUUAUUUUUGCCAUUCCUUGAUGACAGUAUUAUUGUGAAGGUCAGCUCACAGGAAAUGCUCCGUUCUUACACAAAGGUGCAUAAAUAUCCUUGCAAGUGUCAAGAAAAGCAUGUUUGUUUUGUGACUUCUGAAUAGUAUUACAUAUAUGGUGUUGUACAGUAUUUAUUUGUCUGGUCUUUCUUUUUUUAAAGUUUGCUGAAGCUUUGAAAUGACUGUCCUCAAUGUGGUGCACUAAUUAAAUGUAAAAUGAAGGCACCUUUCAACAAAGGGAAAUAACUUGCCUUAUGUUGCUUCGUGUAGCAACAACAGGUGUCUGUAUUUCAUUUUGUGUUGGUUUGUUAUAUACUGAAAAGUAUAUAUAUAUAUAUAAAGAGUUUGCAUUCAUCAGC